CAUUACUGUUACGGAAUCUUGGUAGUAUGAAAACGGACACAGUGCAAAACGUUUCUACACAAAUUUAAUGCUGUAUUACUUCAUUAUUAAGCCGUGCAGUGUAAAAUGCUGUCUUCGCAUACAUGAGUGUGAUUCGUAUAUACGUGUUUAUGUCUUCGCAUACAUAUGUAAACGUCUUAUUAAACAAAACUGUUUCAUUAGAUUCAAAUUGGCAAUUAACUUUUUUAAAUUAAAAAGUAAUUAACUGAAAGUAAUCUAAACUAAUUAAUUAUAUACAAUAAUUACAUAUGGUCUGUCAUGUUGAUCCAUCUAUUUUUAUUUUAAUAAUCAUUAAUCUUACAAAUAUUUUAAACGUUGACAAUGAAAAAAAUAGAGAUAGACGUAUUAAUAUUUCUUAUCUUUGUGAGUCAAGUAUUACUUAUUUUCGGAAAAGUAGCUUUAAUGCACAAUUUAUUAUUCAAAAGUAAUAAGAAAUACAUAUGUGUCUCUGAAAAUGAUGGCAGUGCUCUUGUAUGGAAUUCUGAUCGGCUUUAUAAUUCUGUCUUCGGAAAGGAAAUCAAUACUGAUGAGUUUAAUGGAUUUAAAAAGAAUGAGAUAAUGUGUGAGAUGAAUGCAAAUGAAGGAUGCUUGGAGUCAUGGUUUAAACAAGACUGGAAACUUACAAAUUCCUUAUUAACACCUAUGGGUCCAGUAUUUGAUCAACGAUGGGAAGAAUUUGAACAGUAUGAAAGUUAUAACGAAGAUGAAUUCUUAGAAGUUCUUAGAACUAACUUUAGUAACGAAGUAAAGCUUUCUUUUUCGAUUCGUGGGUCUUACGACGUUAAUGAUAUAUUAAUUUGCAACGGCGAAGACAUUUACAGAGAUUCUUGCUACUGGAUCAUAUUAAAUAUUGAAGACUAUACACAAUCUGAAAUUCGAAAAUGUGUAACAGAAGUACCCGGAUUCAAUAAAUCUAAUCCUGAGAUAGAUUCAAAAUGUUAUAAACCAAAAUCAGUCAAGAACUCAACGUUUGCAUAUAACUUGACGUUUAAAUAUAAAUGGCUAACGUUUGUUAUUACAUGGAACUUUAACAUGGAAAAAGUAAUUCUUUAUGACACUGAUAAGAUCAUUUUGAGAAAUAAAGACAAAAAAAGCCAAUUACACUCAGACAAUAAUUAUUAUGUGUUCAUUAGAAAUAAUGUUUUGAACGGGGUACAAUUGCGACUUCAUAUAUAUAACUUUUUGCAUACGACUGUUGAGAAUGCAACUUUAACGAGUCCAGUUUUUCAAGUUUAUGAUAAAGUGAUAUGUGUACAACUAUUAGUUGGCCUUUGCUUUGAAUGCGAUGCACAAAUAAUGUUGCGUGAUUCCACGAACAAUGCAGUAUUAGCAAUGGAAAUAGUAAAAGGCUCAACAAAAAAACCGGACCAUAACUUACCUAUGUGGCAAUCGGUCACUAUCAAGAAUAAUUCGAUUAACUAUAUUAAUUACAGGGUGAUCAUUCAAUUAAUUCCUAAACUCAGUAAUCGUAACUUCAAUCCGCUAUGGGCAAUAGCAAAUGUUCGCCAGUGUCCUCUAAAUGAAACCUUGAGGAAAAAUGUUAUAACUUUUAAAAAUUAUGACGAAUUUGUCGAGGAGCAAAACGUGAUGUGUCAAAAAUUAUUUUAUAAUGAACAUGCUGUCGUGAGUUCUACAUCAUACAUGAAAUCAGAUAUAAAUCUUGAUGCGUCAUACUGUCCUCCAGGAAAAAUUGGACCAAAGUGCUUAGUUUCCUGUGAAUCUGAUCUGUAUAACUUCGAUUGCAGAGGAACUCAAAUUUGUUAUGAAGAUGGUUGCACGUGUGAUGCAGGUUUUUCAGGAACAUAUUGUUCGGACUCUUGUGAUUCAAAUACAUACGAUUAUAACUGCAGAAAAACAUGUGGCUCAUGUCUCUAUAACGAAACGUUAUAUAAUAAUCGGUGUGAUACAAGAACUGGAAUAUGCAGUAACGGAUGUAAUAAUACUAAUACAGAAUUUUACAUUCCACCUUUAUGUCAAACAAGUAUCGAGAAGCCAAAUGCACCUACACUCAUCUCAAUAAACGAAACAACUAUUUGGGCCAAUGUUUCUGUAACAUGGAAAGGCGAAUACGAAGAAAUAUCGAUUCUUUACUGUUUUGUCAUUCAAGAACAUAGUAAAAACGUUCAACAAUCAUGGAACGAGUUAUUUCGAAAUAUGACACAAGUGACAAAAUAUUUUGAAAAUAUGGAACCUGGUUUUACUUAUCAUAUUCGUCUAAACUUAAAUAUUUCAGGUGUACAAAUACACAGCGAUUGGCAAGUAGUUGAGACUAAAUGCAAUUCAAUCAAAUAUGCGUUGGAAAAGGAAAUUAUUAGACAAAAUUAUUAUUAUUUUACAUAUUUAUUACACAGAAACAGUUUACUUUCCCAUACUUUUACAAAAUGUUUCAAAAAAGUAGAUAAUAAAAUAAUGAUAAAUUAUUUAGCUGCGUUUCGAAAGGCUGUCGCAAUUUUAUUCUUAUCAAAUCAUAAUAAAAAUAUUAUUCUAAUCUUUUUAUCUAACCCAGUGCAUAAUGCGAUUAUUCUUUGUGCUUAUAAUGAUGUAGCGGCUGAUAAUUUCGAUAUAAAACCAGAAGAAAAUGGCACAAUAAUUGAUUUGCGAAACAUCCCAAAUCAAAUAUAUUCAUGUCCGGAAAAGUGGUAUUCACAGUGGUAUCUAGUAAUUAACAAUAUGAAAGAAUUCGUUUCUACAAUAGUUCCAUCUUUUCCAUAUAAAUUUAAAACAGUCGUUUCUACAAUAGUUCCAUCUUUUCCAUAUAAGUUUCAAUCUUUAUCAUCAAACACUUCUUUUAAUGUGAUUAUAUCUCAUGGAAAUCACACGUUAUUUUCCACGAAAAUUCGUACGUUCGAUGGCGUUACGUACGUUUCAGAUUACAAUUACAUAGUCGAAUAUAAAGGUAUAUUGUCGGCUAACACACAACUCACCCUGAUUUGGAAGCCACCACAUGAACUGAAUGGAAAAAUAGUACGAUAUGAAGUAAACUUAAAGGUUAAUGAAUACUAUAGCUGUAGAGACUUAAACUUACCUACGCCGGAUAAUCACAUUAUUAAAAUGUCCACAACAGAGCCAGCAAUCACAAUUCAGGAUUUACAUCCGUACACAUCUUAUAGUGUGGAGGUUAUAGCUCAUAACUUACAUCAUUUUAUCUCAAUUAUAGAUACAGUUCUUGAGACAGAACCAACUGCGAUACCAUCAGAAAUAUUUAGUCAGUUGAGAGUAGAAAACUGGAAAUUAUUGUGGAAUCCACCCGAAAAUUGUAUGACAAUUUCGGGACCACUAAUGGCACAAAUAGUAAUACAGGGUAUUAGUGACGCUGUCAAAGAUUUCAAUACGAUCGAAUAUAGUGAAAACUAUGAAAUCAAUUUGAAUACAUUACAUCCAGAAUUAAACGGUCUCGAACGAUACUUAGCAACACUUUACGUAGUACGUAAUAGAUGGAGUGAGGAAAAUACCACCGCUUAUCAAAAAUUGGAGUUUGAAACUCCACCAGCAGCUCCACCCGAAGUAACAAAUUUAGACAUUGUCGAAAUUGAUACUCGUCAAAUGAGCAUCAUGAUACACCUGCGAUGGCAAAGUCCAAGUCCACCUCUCAACGGAAAGUUACGUAAUUAUGGUGUUAAGUUGAAUGAACUGUCUGAAAAAUGUUGCCCAAUUAUUGAAGUUCCAUUGAAUGGAACAUGUGAUUUAUGGGAUGAUUAUAUAUGUAAAGUUAUAAAGACAAACAAAACUCGAUACGGUUCUAGGAUUUUUAAUCAUAUUGAGGUUUUUGCAUACAACGUGAACGUCACUGAGCCAGGAAGAAAAAUAAUCAUACUUCCCAAUGUGAUACUGAAUACAACGCCGGACGCACCUAGGAAUUAUACUUUUACGAUCAACAAUAACAGUGUGAUUGAUUUAAAUUGGCUUCAUCCUUGGAAGACAAGUCGUCAUCUGAAGUUUUUUAGAAUUCAAAUACAAGUAAUCUCCUCAAAUCUGAGAAGACGCUUUUCUCAAUCGCUCAAAAACAAAACAAUAGAAUAUCCAGUGAUACAAUACAUGCGUAUAUACAGCAAACGAUUGUAUUUGUUCCCAUCGACACAAUACAAGAUCCAUAUUCAGGCUGUAACAGUUGAAAAUAAAUCUAGCAGCAUAAAGUUCGUGGAAAUCAAUACGCCUUCAACCAUAAUUUUUAAUGGUACUCUUGAGAUCAUAAAAGAAGAUUCAAUUUCCACGAUAUUAAUAAAUAUACCAUCAGUUUCAAACGAUACUCAAGACAGUAUGAUGCACAUCAUAGUAAAAGGGUCUAAUAAUAGUUGCAAACAAUUUUCUGAAAUAUCAGAGGAUUUACGAGGGCUAGUAAGCGUGAAGACAAAUGAAAUGGCUUGGCAAGUUGCUAAAGUUUCGACAAAAGUGUUAGCUGGUGGACAAUUCAGGGUUGGCAACAACAAAACUUACGGCAAUGGGAUCAAUUGCCCAUUAAAACCUGAUUUUUAUGAGAUAGUGGUUAUCAUAACCGAACAAAAUUCAAUUAUGAUUUCAAAAUCAAUCACUGUUACAGUGAUCGAUAAUGUUCCGACGCUUUAUGAAGUGUGGCGAAUUACCAUACCCAUUAUAUUAUUCUUCAUCCUGACAGCAAUAGCAUAUUAUUUGUACCGAAGAAAAAAACAACAAUGGAAUGAAGAACAAAUACGAAACGAAAUAGCUUUGUGGCAGGAAUCCGUGAAUUGUGAACACGAAACGACAUCCACAAUAUCGAAUGGAAUAGAAUUAAUGGAAUAUUUGCCACAUAUCUAUGAAAGUAUAUCUUCAUUGCAGGCAAGUACUCUGGAAACGUUGGUAAUUGCUACCACGCACGGCAAGGAAGAGGAGGCGGAAAUGGUAUCAUUGAUAAAGGUGAAAGAUUUUGAGGAAUAUGUCAGACAAGCAAUACAAUCAGGAUUACUGGAUAAGCAAUACAAAGCGACAAAACAGGUGAAGAUAUAUACAGACGACGCUUACUCCGAUUACAUUAACGCUAAUUACAUCACUGGUUAUAGAAAAGAGAAACGUUAUAUAGCAAUACAAGGACCCGAACCAAAGAAUGUCAUCAAUUUUUGGCGCAUGAUUUGGCAGGAAAACGUUCUUAUUAUUUGUAUGUUGACAAAUGUAGUUGAAAAUGGAAAGACAAAGUGCGAGCAAUAUUGGCCGGAUAUUAACAAGAAGAUGAAGUACGGUGACAUUAUCGUAUUAAACAAAAAGCAAAAUAUUUUUGCUGAUUACUCUUUUAGAACUUUCCAAGUGACUUAUGGAGAGGAAACUCGAAAGAUAGAACAUUUACAUUACACGGCUUGGCCGGACUACGAAGUGCCAUUAAAUACACACUCAGUUGUCAGAUAUUUGAAGAAAUUGUUAGCGUUAUCACCUGAAGAUGGACCCGUGGUAGUUCAUUGCAGUGGCGUUGAAAAAAUGGGGAUUGUCAUUUUGUGCGACAUUUGUCUUCGUCAGGCAGCGACCGAGGGCGUAGUCGAUGUUCUCGCCGUAACGAAAUCCAUUAGAAGCAAACGAGAUAACAUGGUUGAUAAUAAGCUGCAAUAUCUCUUUGCGCAUUUGGUGUUAGUGGAAUGUUUGUUUUCCGUUCCAACUACAAUUCCGUGUAAUAAGAUGUUAAUUACGCGAAUCAAGGAGUUGAAAGAACAAUUGCCGGCUCUUCAGCAAAGAUUACAGGACACUGCGUGGCAAGAUGAAAUCCUGGGACAAGAUAAAGUCAGUAGAGUAUAUUUGAAGAAAUACCCGAUAUCAGACGAGGACAGUGAUUACCUAUCCGCCGUUUAUGUAGACGGAGUAAAACUUCAGAAUCAGUAUCUAGCUACACAGCUUCCCAUACCAUCAACGAUUAAAACUUUCUGGCGAAUGAUUGCUGAAUUCAAAGUUGAACUUAUUCUCAUGUUACAGCCGCCAGAUUUGCAGGAUCCUACUUGCUGUGAGAUCGCUCCUACAAGCGGUGAGUUUGACCCAACCCCAUAUUUGCAUAUUACUGCGAAAAAAGCCGUGAAGGAGAAAUAUUAUACGUCACAAAAGUUGUUGCUCGUUGAUAAUUUCGAGGAACCUCCAAGAAAACAAUAUGUGACUAUAAUAUGUUUAACGGAAUGGGAACCCGGAAAAGAUCAACCACUGCCUCCAGUGAGGUCGAUGGUGACCUUUUGGAGAGCAGCUGAAAAUAUCGCAAGAGGCAAUGGACCCACUGUCACACUUUGCCAUGACGGAGUAACUGGAUGCGGUCUCUAUCUAGCAUUGAGUUUCUUAUUGGAACGAAUGACUGUCGAACAGGAAUGUGACGUUUAUUUAGCGGUGCGAGCGGUCAAACGAUCAAGAACAGAUUUUGUUCGUUCUCUGGAACAUCUGGAAUAUUUAUACAAUGCCGCAGUGACAUAUACGGAGUUUUUCGAAGGCUAUGCGAAUUUUGGGUAAAGCAAGAAUAAUCAAGCUAUAUUCUCGCAUAUACAUACAGCGAUGCUUCGACAUAACAUCAUGCAAAUAUCCACUAUGAAACCUUUCACACUAGGAAGAAAGUGAAACAAAAUAUUAUCGAAUAUUUUUAUCAACAACUACAGGGAUUUUAUUAUAUUACCGUGACAUCGAAGUUCGUAAUAAAGAAACAAAAUCUGCCUGAGAGAAAAGUCCAUCAUAAAAUAAA